AUGAUUGCUCAAGCUGGGCUCCAGAGCAUCGGACGUGUUUGGGACUUUCGGAAAAUGGCGAGUCCUUCGGGUGUGACCAAUGCGAUCAGAGUCACAGCAUGCUUGUUUGAAGGCCAAGAGUUGGCGGAGGUUGGGAUUGAAGAGAUGAAGGCUCUUAACCUUGCGAAUGCUGAAAUGCCAGCAGAUGUCCUUCGAACAACAUCAGUGAACCGGUCCGACAUGCGAGGGACCGACUAUGUUGGUUUGAGCCUGGUGGCAUUGAGAGCCAAGAUCGACCAAUUGGAAGAGCUGAUGCCAAUGCUGGCCUCAGGGGGCCAUCUCUAUGCAUGGUCCUAUUUCGAGAAGGUCAGCCAGCUUGCGGCCCGAGGGCCUGACGAGUCUCGGUCUGAGACUGAGAUGGGUGAUCCUUGUCCAGCAGUGGCUGGUGAGAUUAAGUUGGAAACAGUCCUUGACACCCUCCUAUGGGCUGUGAACAAGUUCGGAGGCUUGUCGAAUGCUUUGAAGCAAGUUUCCGAGUUUAAUGCCAAUAUGGAUAAGAGACGUGCAGACCUUGAUGAGAAAUUGCAGAAGCAAUAUGACGCUGGGAGCGGAAAGCAGUCGAUUGCUAGCGUGAAGGAGUCCAUCAUAGUGCUGGGGAAGUUGGUCACUGACAUGAGUGAAGUUUCCCGCCAGGCUACAUCUCUGGAAUCUUUGAAUGCGAACGCCAAGGAGACGAAUCA